UUUUGUUAAAACACGUUCUAUACAUUUGCAAUUGAAAAUAAUUAAAGUUCCAUUUUUUUAAAGUAUGGAGUCCGAAGUUAAUGGUUUUGCAGUCGACCAAAAUAAAAAGCGUCAGAGGAAAAAGAAGAAAAAUAGUAGAUUUCUUCGAAAUGCAAAGGGUUUUGCCAAACAAGGAAUUUAUGGUCGCGGUACCCACAUUGAUGAUGAUCAGUACAAUUACUUCAUUAAUAUUUUGGAUGCAAUGAAAAAUGGAUUUGAGGAUGUCGAAGAAAAAGUUAAUAUGGCUAACAACGUAUUUGCACAAACGAAUGAACAAGAGAUUCAUUUGGCAUCCAAUCAAAUUGUGUGUAAAGUGCUUGAGUCGUUGAUUGGAUUUGUGGACGCAGAAAAUUUGGAACGUUUCUUUAAUGUAUUUGCUGAUAAUUUUCGGCCGAUCUGUUCCGACCGCUUUGCAUCACACGUUUUACAAAAAAUGGUUGAAAUAGCCUUUUUGAGAGCUUUAGGAAAAGCGAGCCUAAAGAAUGUAGGUGAAGCCGAUGAUAAUACAGAUGCAGCGGAUCAACCAUCUGCACCGAAACGGCUUAAAACUGAAGUGACAGCUUUUAGUGAAGAAUCGUAUAACGCUGAAUCUGACUUUAGCGCUGACCACCGUAAGCAGUGCAGCAAGUUUGUCGAUCGCGUGAGUAAGUUCUUACUUAACAAUUUGGAAGAUUUCGUUUGGGACCCCUGUGCUAAUCAUAUUAUGAGAACUAGUAUCCUCAGCUUGGCCGGUGUGCAUGUGGCAAAGGUGGCGUUCGAGAAGGGUGGUGCUGACAUGGCAAAAAAUCGAAAACUGUACAAUGUACCAGAUGAAUGGUUGGAUGUGCUAAAGGAAUUUCCACAACGAUUAGAAAUGUGGCCUCAAUUCUCAGAUUUUCCAUUCCAAGAACUAUCCUCAGCUCUACUAGGGGUUAUUUGUAUUGCACUACGCGCAACAGACAAACAACUUUUGAAACAUUUUGGAAAAAAAAUAUUAAUGGAAGCAUUCCUUAAAGUUGAGCACAUUGGCGAAGAAAAGGAUAAGAAAAUAGAAAUAUUGGACGACGACGAAGAGUCAUCGGAGAAAAUUGAGGAAGUUGGGAGUAAAAAUGCUGAAGGCGCGGAAGAAGAAAAACCUACUGUCAAGUUACCAAAGGUUUUUGAAUACCAAUCAUCCGUUAUUUUAUUGGAAACUUUGAUCACUAUAGCUGGUCCAAAAUUAUUGACUCAACUUUAUGCAAUGCUCUUUACCGGACGUUUAUCUCUAUUAGCUAAAGAACAAUUAACUAAUUUUGCCGUGCAAAAGCUUUUGCAACAUAUUAAAGAAAAGGAAGAUUUUGAAAACGUUUUCAACGAAUUAGUUAAUGACAUUGAAGAUCUACUAAAAAUUGGCCAUACCGGUGUAGUAGAGACGCUUGUUGGCGCCUGUCUACGCAUCGGUUCGAAGCAAGCUCAAAGUAUAGUAUCGUUACAAACAGCGCUUCACACACCUGCGAGCGAUAAGCAAAAAGUUAAGAGCUUCUUUCAUUGUUUAAUCAAAUUGAAGCCGUAUGAAGUAACACAAGCGGAUAACAGCGCUUUCGUACAUCUUCAUGGCUCACUUAUUGUUCAACACAUUUUGCGUUUCAAUAAGCCUAUUUUUUUGGUCAACUGUAUAUUGGACACACCUGCCGAACAACUAGUGACCAUAUUUAAUACACCAAAUGGUUCACAUAUCGUUGAUGCGUUCCUGCAAAGUAAAUAUAUAGGCGAGAAAUCUCGAGAGAAGUUCAUUAGAUACAUGGAGGGUUUCUAUGUGGACUUAGCCACCUCUAAGUUCGGUUCACGAGUUGUGGACAGUUGUUUUGUGGCCGCACAGGAGGCCCAGAAAGGGCGUAUAGUAAAAGAACUAGCAGAAAAAACAAACAUGCUAAAGAGUACACCAUUCGGUAGAUUACUUUACAACAAAUUCCGUGUUGAAACCUACAGACUUUCGGCGACGCAAUGGAAAGCUAGCUUUCAUGCGAAUAAGGAGCAACGAGUUGAUAAACUAUUUAAGGACAUUGUUAAUUAACUUUUCAUACUAAAAAUUUUAUUCGACCAGAAUUCACA